AUGUCUACCUGCCACGACAGCGGGUACUGGGCCGGCUACGUGAAGCGGCUGCGGGACGAUAGCGCGAACGCCUCCCCGUUGCAGAGCGGCGGAGGCGCGUCCUCGCCAGCCGCCUGCACAGGCGCCGGCGGCGCGGGAAAGCUCGAGGCCGCCAGGCACGGCGGUGCGGCAAAGCAGCACCACCACAUCCAUGUGCCGGACGGCAAGGCGCGGCCCGAAUGGGUCUCCACCUUUGCCCAAGCCGCUCGGCCGCUGAGCCCCGACUCGCCUAGCGGCCUCGGGCCGUCGCCGUCGCAGCAGGGGCCGCCGUCGCUGCACUCAGCGAAGUCUGCGCCGCCGGCAAAAGAGGUCAGUCGAGAGAGCCUGGUCGGUGCCCGGCCGGACUGGGAUCCGUCCUUUGCGUACCCGUCUUCGUUCAGGGGCCGCAGCAGCGUGUCCCCGCGCGCAUCAACGGGGGCACUGGACAGCAAGCACCGCUGCCGAUCGGCCGCGUUGGGGCCGCGGCCCGGCACGAGCGACGCCCUGCACAGCGCGCUCGCCAGGGCCGGCGUGCGUGGCGCCACGCAGGCGGCAGGCGCAGCGCAGCUGCGGGAACGGCGCUACUCCUCUGCGGGCAGCUGCGGCAGCGGCGCGGCCAAGCAGCAGCAGCAGCAGCAGCGCGCGAACAGCGCCACCGCCGCCGUUGCUGCCGCGGCGAAGCAGCUGCGUGCCAAGCAGCCAGCCCCUGUUGGUGUGGGGCCUGCGUCGCAGCAGGUCGAGCAGCCGCAGCGUGCUGCCUCGUCGCCGCCGCCGCAGCCGCACAUCCCCCCCGCGCUCAACGACGCGCAGCCGGCGCCCACGCCCGACGGCCCGCACCGCGCGCAGGCGCCGCAGGCUGAGGCGACCGCGCCCGGCGGCGGCGGGGCGGGUGUUGACGUGCUGUUUGCGGCGUGCUGCAGCGAGCUCGAUCGGCUUGAGGACGGGGCGCUGCGCCUGCUGAUGCUUGCGCGGCGCGCCAUGGAGCACGAGGCGCAGCCGUCGGAUCAGGACAAGCAGCCCCACGAACAGCAGCAGCAGCAGUCGCCGUCAUCUCCGCAGCAGCAACGGCAACGGCGGCGUCCGAGCAAGGGGGGCGCGUGGGCGGACGGCGGCGGCGAGGGCGCGACAUCGACGUGGGGGGCGCUCAAGCGGCAGGCGGCGCAGCGGUGGCAGGCGUCCCUGCGGCGCCCCGGCCAGGCAAACGGGGAGGGGAGCGGGGGCGGCAUGCUGCGGCAGCGCUACACCUCUUCGAGCGGGGGCGCAGUCGCCGAGUGA